AUGCCUGAAUUCCAUCACAAGGUUGAAACAAAGCACGUAUUAUGCGAUAAGGUACUCAGUGGAGACAAGGCUUAUAUCAAGAAACUCACGCAAAAUCGCUCAGUACUAAGGAAUAGUACGCUAGAUAUGUCAUGCAAACAAAUAAAAGCACGUGUGCUACCGCCGAAGGUUUUGAAGAAAAUGGAGUUCGGUGUGGCUUAUGCUCGUGUCGUGCAUGAGAAUUACGAUAUGGUAAUAAAGACUGUGUACGAAACAGCUUCGAUAUUGAAAGAGCUCGGCGGAGCUAAUGACAUUUGCGUAAGGCCAUGUGAAAGUGAUAGAUGGAAUCAGUCAUUCAGCUGGGAUGCACGAUCGUUAAAGCUCUUUCGCAACGAAACUCAAGCGUCACCGAAACAGUUAGCAGCUGAAUUACCAGAAAUUCGAGGAAUAGUGCAGUCCUCGCUAAGUCGAGCUGCUGUAGACUGGGCUGUAAGAAAUGUUGACCUAACAACGCUUAUAUAUCAACUCAACAGCGACGUCCGUGGGAUAGACGAGACGCUUUGGGCUACCCUGCAAAUGAGCGAUGAUCUGGAAAUGCCUGGAAGAUUUACUGGAAAGUGCAUUAGCGGUCAAACAUAUGUGCCUUGUAUUUCGAGGUCUGAACUCUAUUCAACGCAUAAAACGUAUACCUUCCAGGACAGUGAUGCUUGA